AUGGGCUCCUCAGCUUCCAAGGUCGCUGGCCGCGCUGGAGGAGCUGCCGCUCGCCGUCAAUACCCCUCGACGUCGUCCAUUGUCAACUCCGCACCCUCACCCUCAUCCUCAGCCUCCGAUGCAGCAGUCAAACCCACGCCCGCAGCUGAAGUCCGUCCCAGUCCAGCUGUUGCUCCUCCCGCAGGUGAAAAGUCGGAACACGUCGAGCUUGAUGCCCGAGAUCCACAAUUUGGCUCUGCGUUGCGCCGGGUCGGGGCAGCCAGACCUGUGACGGAGCGGAAACCCGACGAAGACACCUUCCCAACCUCGAGCCAGCCUAUGCAUUCCGGCCAGAACAUCUUCCCCUCUGACGCGAACAAUCCGGCCAUGAUGCUCGUGCAGGCCAGAAAAAGAACAGCGGCUCAAUGGGAGUCCGACCUCGAAACCCAAGGCCGACCGAACUUUGGAGGCAGGACGUUGUUGAGCGUAAAAGAUAUCAAAGAGGCAUUGACACUGAGAGAUGAGUUGGGCAAGUCUCCCCAAGAGAUAGAGAGACAGAUGAGACUGAAACCAGGAGUGCUGGACCAGCUGGUGGCGAAGGGUGUUGUGGCCAAUGUUUGA